GUGAGGAGUCGCCGCUGGAUCUCGGGGCCGCCGUCGAGCCCGAGCCCUCGCUGCAGCCCGGAGCGCCGCCGCCCUCCCCGUCCAGCCGCCGCGCGCGCAGCUCCGCCCCUUCCUGUCCAGCCUGGCCCAAGAUUCACGGUCAACCUCGUCUCUUCCCCGAGGCCUGGCAACCACCAUGUCCCCCUGAGCCUGCAAGGAGGGGGCUCAGGGGCCCCGAUGGCCUCCCGGCCCCCGCGGCCCCCCAGCCCCCGUGGGCCAGGGGAAGCGCCUGAAAGCCCCAGUGCCGAGAAUGGGCAACCGCACAUGGGAGGGCUGUCACGUGGACUCGCGCAUGGACCACCUCUUCCCGCCUUCCCUCUACAUCUUCGUCAUCGCCGUGGGGCUGCCCACCAACUGCCUGGCUCUGUGGGCCGCCUACCGCCAGGUGCGUCAGCGCAACGAGCUGGGCGUGUACCUGAUGAACCUCAGCAUCGCCGACCUGCUAUACAUCUGCACGCUGCCGCUCUGGGUCGACUACUUCCUGCACCACGACAAUUGGAUCCACGGCCCCGGCUCCUGCAAGCUCUUCGGGUUCAUCUUCUACACCAACAUCUACAUCAGCAUCGCCUUCCUGUGCUGCAUCUCGGUGGAUCGCUACCUGGCCGUGGCGCACCCACUGCGGUUUGCCCGCCUGCGCCGGGUCAAGACGGCCGUGGCCGUGAGCUCCGUGGUCUGGGCCACGGAGCUGGGCGCCAACUCGGCGCCCCUGUUCCACGAUGAGCUCUUCCGCGAUCGCUACAACCAUACGUUCUGCUUCGAGAAGUUCCCCAUGGAGGGCUGGGUGGCCUGGAUGAACCUCUACCGCGUCUUCGUGGGCUUCCUGUUUCCGUGGGCGCUCAUGCUGCUGUCCUACCGCGGGAUCUUGCGGGCCGUGCGGGGCAGUGUGUCCACCGAGCGCCAGGAGAAGGCCAAGAUCAAGCGGCUGGCCCUCAGCCUCAUCGCCAUCGUGCUGGUGUGCUUUGCACCCUACCACGUGCUCCUGCUCUCCCGCAGCGCUGUCUACCUGGGCCGCCCCUGGGACUGCGGCUUCGAGGAGCGCGUCUUCGCCGCCUACCACAGCUCGCUGGCCUUCACCAGUCUCAACUGCGUGGCCGACCCCAUCCUCUACUGCCUGGUCAACGAGGGCGCCCGCGGCGACGUGGCCAAGGCCCUGCACAAUCUGCUCCACUUCCUGGCCAGCGACAAGCCCCAGGAGAUGGCCAACGCCUCCAUCACCCUGGAGACCCCACUCACUUCCAAGAGGAGCAGCGUGGCCAAGGCCAUGGCCGCCGGCUGGGUGGCCGUUCCCCCCUCCCAGGAGGACCAGGUGCAGCUGAAGAUGCUGCCACCGCCACAGUGAACCUCGAAUUAAGCAGAACACCGCUCCCCCCAAACCCCCUCUAAAUCUGGUCCUACACUCCCUGCCUUCUUGGUCUGGUGUAUGCAAAUUGUAUGUAAAUAAGGCUGUGUUACUCUUCAUAAGAAUAUAAGAAAAUAGGAAAAGGGUAAGGUCGGCGUGUCACUGGUCAGCUGUCAUCCUCAACCAUGACCCCUUAAAAAUUCAACUGAACUGUGCCUACCCCUGUACGGGUAGUGUUAGUGACACAGUGGUGACAAAUAAGAGACCUGGCCCUGCCCUCAUGGGCUCCCACGCCAAUGGGGACAACAGAUCAGUCCCUGGAUGGUGAUGACCCAGAGUGGGCAGGGCUCAGCCAGGACAGGCCAGGGUCUGGGGGAACCCGAAAGGGCAUCUGACCAAGUCUGGGGGACAGGGAGGGCUUCCUGGAGGAGGGGACCAGUAAAUUAAAUUUCCAGAAGGUAAAGCCAAAAAGAGAGAAAAGUUUGGACUAUUUCCAGCAAGAUGGUAAAGGAGAGUGACUCAAAGGGCAGGUGGAAGGAGAAAUUCAUUGAGUGUGGAGCGAUCCCUUUUGCUCUUGGGAUCCCUGCCCCAUCUUACAGGGGACAGCGAGCAGGAGAGAACAGUUCUGAGUUUUUUAGGUAAAUAGCAUUCUCCAAGUCAGGAUGAGGAAGAAGGGGGAGAAUGUCCAAACCCAAGCGAAGGGCAACCACAGCAGGCUGGUUGGAGGAGGGGUGAGCAGCGCAGGCUGGGGCAGGGGACUUGGGACCAAGAUUCAGUCACAGAUCCAUUUGUACCUACAACGUGCCCUGUGCUGACUGGGGCUGGGGACACGGGCGGGUGACUGAGACAGCCCAGGCGCCACCAUCAUGGGGCUGGCAGUAAAUAAGUAAAUCAAAAUAAGGUUUGGAAGGAAGGGACAGAGGGUGACAUGGAGUCUGAUCUGCGUGAGGCCAGGGGAGGGCUCACUGAGAUGGUGGCUUUUGAGCAAAGACCUGAAGGAGCUGAGGGGGGUCAGCCCAGUGGUUGUCAGGGCGGGCGAGAGCAUUGCAGGCAGAGGGAACAGCGAGUGACAAGCCCCGGGGUGACAGUGCCUGAAUUCUGAGGCACAGUAACUACGGUGGUGUGACUGGAACAGACAAGAGUGACAGAAUGGAAGGUGAGACUGGCCAGGGGACAGAGGCCCAUCUUUCAGGGCUGUUAAAGUCCUGGUAGGGCCCUCGCUGGUGUGGCUCAGUGGAUUCAACGCGGGCCUGUGAACCAAAAGGUCACUGGUUCAAUUCCCAGUCAGGACACAUGCCUGGAUUUUGGGCCAGGUACCAGUUUGGCAGGGGUAACACGAGAGGCAACCACACAUUGAUGUUUCUCUCUCUUUCUCCUUCCCUUCCCCUCUCUCUAAAAAUAAAUUAAUAAAAUAAGAUAAAUGAAGUCCUGGUGAGGACUUUGCCUUUUACUCUGAGAUGAAUGGGAACC